CUAGCCCCAGAAGACUGCAACAGCCUACUCCGUGAGCUAUAUAUUUCAACGGCUGCACACAUUUGUGCAACAGUCAGUUGUUUGGUUUCGGCGAGUCACGCACGUCGUGACAGUUACCUUCUUCUUCCUUCUUUCGUCCGUUCUCCUCCCUUUCAUUCUUUUUUCCAGCUCCGCUUCAGCGAUGGCUGCAACGGAUUCAGAGUACCGGUGCUUCGUUGGAGGUCUUGCUUGGGCUACGGAUGACCAAGCUCUGCAGAAUGCGUUCCGCCAGUGCGGGGACGUGGUGGACUGCAAGGUCAUAAUGGACCGGGAGACUGGAAGGUCGAGAGGCUUCGGCUUCGUUACUUUCGCCGAUGAGAAGUCCAUGACCAACGCCAUUAACACGAUGAAUGGCGCGGAGUUGGACAACAGAUCCAUCACUGUGAACCAAGCUCAGGCCAGAGGCGGCCGAAGCGGCGGCGGUGGCGGUGGCGGCGGUGGCUAUGGCGGAAGCUUCGGCUCACGUAGAAGCGGAGGCUAUGGCGGCGGCGGAGGCUACGGUGGGGGUGAUCGUUAUGGCAGCAGUGGGGGCGGCGACCGUUACGGCGGCGGCGACCGGUACGGUAGUGGUGGUGGUGGGUACAACGAUGGAGGCUAUGGCGGCGGCGGCUAUGGCAGCCGCUCGCGAGGCGGUGGUUACUAGAGAGCCCCCCUUGAAACCUCUUUGCGGAUCAUCGUGUCCACAGGGUAAUGGGGGGCGUAGGUAGUCGCCCCGCCCAGACCUAUGGAGUUUCAGCCUCUCGUGUGACCCUCGUUUCCUGUUACUGCAGUGGACGUAGCUGGUGGUUUGACUCCUCCGCACAGAGGUGCUCUCUCUCCGUGAGCUUUCCUUUUCUAUUGUAGUUUUUUGUCUUUUUGUUGUCGCAUCCAUAUGGCACCUGACGAUUACCAGGUACUCGAUAUCUGGAGUAGAUUUCGGAUUAUGGAUGUGAACGUUAUAGAGGAGGUGAUACGCCUUCUUUUGCAGUAGAGGAGUUGGUACGCCUUCUUCUGCAGUCUGUCACAUUCUUAUAUCAUGUGACUAAUAGUAGUAACCGGGUAUAGCUUUGGACUCUUGUAGUGAUGAUCGAGGAGCAGUGCCAUACCGUGGUCCCCACUCGUGGGGUAUUCUCUUUGUCGCCUUCUCCUCUCUUUCGCUCUCUUUCGCUCUCUGUCUUGCUGAUCGGUUUGAUUCGCUCUGCGGCACUGUUCUUGAAUCGCCUCGGUAUACGUACUCUUGUGUGAUAGUACUUGGGAAGUGGUGAUGAUGACGCAAUUUUGACCGAUAAGUCAGUCUGGAGACGUUCCACAACUGAUCGUCGUGAGGUUAUUGUGUGAACAGGAAAGGCUUUUUACUGAACGGAAGGUUUCUGGAGAUGUUCGGAAGAGUUCUUAACUGUUUUUAACUGAACGGAACGGAAGGUUUCUGGAAUUGUUGUUUCUGGAAUCAAGACGGAAUGGGCUUCGAAAGACCAAGUGCGUUGGCAAUGCCUCAUCUGUCGAUAUUUCGAGGAAGGCUGUAAUGACUACCUCGUGUAGCUGGAGUGUACGGAUUAUAUGCCUUGGGUGCACAGCUAUUAUGGUCCUGUGAAUUGAGACGGGAGUAAAGGGAAGGGUAGUUGAUGGAUUAGCUGCUGCCUGUGUAUGUUACGAUGUGAACGGAAACGAGCUGCGGUGAGUUGCCUUCUCCACUUGGAAGGUAAAUGCUUGUUGGGGGCUAAUUGUAUGUGGCUCCCUCGGCGGCUACUUCGGAUUUCCCGAGUGAGAGUGGUCUACAUGUUUCUGGUAGCUGACUACAUGUACCAUCAUCUGUUCGUUCUUUUCGAGUGGGUAGUAAGUUUUUUGAUUGGGUUUUAUGCAGAUCGCCGUGAAUUGAGAUUUAAGAAUUUCGUAUAGAUCCUCGUGAACUGUUUUUGACGGAUGGACCAGAUGAACAUGAUGAUGAAGCUGCUGCUGAUGAUUAUGUCGGAGUAGGUCCGUGUGAUCAGGUUCUGCUUUUUUGACGACUGCUGCGUGUAUGGUAGUUUCAGUGCGUCUUCGGUGAAGUUUCGGUUCCCCGUUUCCAUG